UAUUUUUCGGAGUCCACAAGGAGGUUAUUCGGUGUCGCUUUAAACGUGGCCACUGUAAAGAGAGUCACCACGAUAUAACAUAUCUUUUUUUUUUUACAUUAAAGAUAGACCUAGUCAUUUAGCCACCGUCCGUAUUUUUAUUGUAGUGUAAAAAAAAAAUGUUUUUAUGUUUUGCUAAACUCUUAGGUUAGUCUUUCCGGCUUGUCAGCUCGCUCUACUCUGUGGCGGCUGAAGAAAAAAAGAACCAGUUGGCAAGCGAAACGAACGCUCGGAGCCAGCAGCAAACUAGCCAUUUCAUCGUUUAUUUUUGUCGUAAGCAUUGGCUUACUUGUGAAGAUUGUUUCGUUUUAUCCUAAAGACUGUUUGGAGUUUGUCUGCCUUGGAUUACGGAUAUUACACAGUUUCCCUGUAUUAAACAUUAACUGUGCUUGCUAGCUAAACAUUUUAUUUGUGCGACGACAGCUGUCAUUUGGAGAAGGAAAAGUGAUCCGUCAUGCGUGUGCAAUGAAGCUGAUUUCUACUGGAUUUACAUUUUAACAUCCUUCAAAUGGGUGACGUUAACGUUCAAUAUUUGAGAACUGCGGUGGUAUUGCCUUAGUAACUAGUGUGGCCACCUAGCUUGCUACUUAUACUUAUCGUUGGACAGAAGACAGCUAGUUAGCUGGCUAUAUCAUUCAUUCAGCCUCAUAAAUACACUAACUACAAAGUGAUAUAACGAUAGCAAUAUCGCUUACAAUUUUGGACAUGAAGAAAAUAACCUACUAUUCAUAGGGUUGAAAGAAUGUCAUCAGAGGAUAAGACUGUGGAGCCCUCUGACCAGGGACCCUCGCUGCCCUCUGUUAGUGCAGGGGCCACGUCCACAGGAAGCCCUGCCCAGACAGACAAGCGCCCCAGGGGCAGACCUCGCAAGGAUGCUGCCACCACCAUCAUACCCCAGGCCACAACUACAUCCAAGUCCAGGAAGAAGGGGCGUACCAGAGGUAGAGUGGUUGUGGAGGAGGAGGACAACAGCAUGGACGGGACGGAGGCAGCCGCCUCAGGGAGUCCCCCUCAGGACACAACAGAUACACCAGCCAAGCAGCCUGUGGAGAGUGUGGAGGUGGGUGCCACUGAAGGACCAGGGGAGGGGGAAGAGAAGCCCUCUUCUCCCCAGCUCCAGAGCCCUCAGACUUGUGAAGCAGCAGAGCUUUCUGGUCCUGUCACCAACAGAGGAGUUAAAAGCAGUGAGCAGCUCUGUGCCUUCUGUUACUGUGGCGGCCGCAGUCUGCUGGGUCAGGGGGAUCUCCAAGUGUUCGACUCCUCGCCUGGACACGAGCGCAAUGCGACAGGAGGAGGAGGCCAGGCCAACGACCACAGCAAGGCCAGCAAAGGAUACGGCAGAGAUGACAGCGGUGUUGACAGAACCACUCAGCCCAGCGAUGCAGCCGGAGAUGCCAGCUCAGGACAGAGAGGCACACAGAAUGAAGCUGAGAGCCAUGGGGAGUUACCCGACCCAGACAAGGCCAGCAGGUUGUGGGAUGAGCUGGCUCACGUCGGCCUCCCAGGAGAUGUGGACGUCCAGUCUUUCUUUGAGGAGUCGGGGCAGUGCUUGGCGCAUCACUGUUGUGCGUUGUGGUCGCAAGGCGUGUGCGAAGGCGAGGGACAAUCACUGCUCAACGUGGACAUAGCCAUCGACUCAGGGAGCACAGAGCACUGUGCAUACUGUAAACGCCUUGGAGCCUCCAUCAAGUGCUGUGCUGAAGGAUGUGCUCGACUGUACCAUUACCCCUGCGCGGGGGCGGCUGGGACUUUUCAGGAUAUCAGGAGUCUCUCCCUCCUCUGUUCAGAUCACAUAGAACUGGCCAUCAGCAGAUUUCCAGACGACUCUAUCUGUGCACUUUGUGACAGCCCCGGGGAGCUCCCUGACCAGCUCUUCUGUACCAGCUGUGGGCAGCACUACCACGGGUCCUGCCUGGACAUGGCUGUGACUCCGCUGAGGAGGGCCGGCUGGCAGUGCCCCGAGUGCAAGGUCUGCCAGACUUGCAAGAACCCGGGUGAGGACGAUAAGAUGUUGGUGUGUGACAUGUGUGACAAAGGCUACCACACCUUCUGCCUGCAGCCGGCCAUAGACGACAUCCCUACCAACGGAUGGAGGUGUCAGAACUGCAGAGUGUGUAUCCAGUGUGGUACGAGGACGAGUGGUCAGUGGCACCACACAAGCCUGCUGUGUGAUAGCUGUGUCCAACAUCAGGACCCCGCCCUUACCUGUCCACUAUGUGCCUGUAUUCUGGACCCUGAGCACCAAAAAGACCUGCUCUCCUGCCACAGCUGUAAAAGAUGGCUCCACCUGGAGUGCGAGCGCCAGUCGUCAGGCCAAGCAGACAUCCAGCCCAGCCAGGGCUAUGUGUGUUCAAGCUGCAGGCCUACUGGAUCACCACCACAACAGGCCCCACUGCAGGCAGAGGAGGAGGUGGAGGAGAUGGACACAGGAGGUCUAGAGCUGAGCCCACAGGCUGCUAUUCAGAUGCACACAGAAUCAGAAGUGGUUGUUCCAACGCACACGGAUCUAGAACCUGGCGCUAAGCAACUGUGGUCUCCUUCUCCAAUGCACAACGACCCAGAAACGCAAUUACAACCCGUUCCAAUGCCCACAAAUGCAGAACCAGAGCCUGUCCAAGCCACCAACACUGUCUGUGAGAACGCCCUUGAGGAUAGGCAGCCACAGCAGGCUACAUCAGACCAGCAGCCUGGUGUGUCGGGGGAAGCUGCUGCUGUUGAGGGGGUGGAGCAAGAGACUGAGGUGUCUGUCAACAAGGACCGGAGCCAAUUACAUACAGAAAUGCAACCAGCAGCAGAGACCAUGAUCACUUCAAAAGAGAGUCCUGAGUCUCCCAGGUUGAACAAGCAGGAUCCUGAGCCGCCCAUACAUCUUCCAACCCAGACUCUAGCAGAGCCAGAGCAGCCACAGGAUAUGACAACAGGAAUGACCAAGUCAGCAAACACAGAACCCUCUUCUGAAAUGAGGGUGGUCAAACCCAGACCCAGCACAGAGGACAUGAAGGCCAUGACCCCACCCACCACCACCACCACCACCAAAGAACCUGGUACUGCAUCCGUAACCAUCAAGGACGAACCCAUGGAGGCCUCAGCCUCUGAGCCUUCAGAAGUGGAACAGGUUGAAGGUCCUUCAGGUCUGGAGACUGCAGCGAAGGAGGCUUGGAGGGAGAAACAAAUGUCUGGGAUUCUGACUGAUGGGGUUUCGACGGUGGCCGGCGCCUCGGAAGAGAUGGACACCACACCUGAGACUGAGAGCAAGCCUAACCUCUCCCACCUCAGCCCCCCCAUCAAUGAUAAGCCCUACAAGACAUCUAUGGAAAGACUGGCAGAGAUGGCUGCGUCCCCUACCCAUUCCCCCCCUAGGAACAGGGGUCCCUCUCCCAGGCAACCUCCCCAACCCCACCACCCCCACCCUACCCUGGGGGAAAACAGCAGCAGCUUCUCCUCCACCACCCUCAUACCACUCACCCCUAAGAUCGGCAUGGGCAAGCCAGCCAUCUCCAAGAGGAAGUUCUCCCCAGGCAGACCCAGGGUGAAGCAGGGCGCAUGGCAUGGGAGCCCCCAUAGCAGUGUGAGCUCUCCCUCCUGGUCCCCAGACCAGCCAGAGGGGUGGGACGUCUCAAAUACCAGGCAGCUCUCCUCCGGCUGCGGUAGCCCCGGGUGGAGCAUCCGAGUGGGUCGAGGGUCAGGCUUCCCUGGGAGGAGGCGACCCAGAGGGGCGGGGCUGUCGGGCAGAGGAGGGCGGGGCCGAGCCAGGGGGAAGAACGGCGCCAGUCCCACAGUCAACCCGGGGGUGACCUCCAUGGAAUCACCAUACCAGGUAAAGGAAGAAGAGGAGAAUGCCAUGCACAACACUGUGGUCAUAUUCUCCAGCAACGACAGUUUCACAUUGAAACAGGACAUGUGUGUGGUGUGUGGGAGUUUUGGUCUGGGUGCUGAGGGUCGUCUCCUGGCCUGUGCCCAGUGUGGGCAGUGCUACCACCCAUUCUGUGUUGGCAUCAAGAUCACCAAGGUGGUGUUGAAUAAAGGCUGGCGCUGUCUGGAGUGUACGGUGUGUGAAGCGUGCGGCCAGGCCACCGACCCGGGCCGUCUGCUGCUGUGUGACGACUGUGACAUCAGCUACCACACCUACUGCCUGGACCCUCCGCUGCAGAACGUUCCCAAGGACAGCUGGAAGUGCAAAUGGUGUGUGUCCUGUACCCAGUGUGGUGCCACCUCGCCAGGCCGGAGGUGUGAGUGGCAGAAUAAUUACACCCAGUGCGCCCCCUGUGCCAGCCUGGCAACCUGCCCCUUCUGUCUCCAGGACUACAGCGAGGGCGAGAUUGUGGUGCAGUGCCGCCAAUGCGACAGAUGGAUCCAUGGUUCCUGCCAGGGUCUCCAUUCGGAAGAGGACGUGGAGAAAGCAGCAGACAGCAGCUUUGACUGCACCAUGUGCCGUGUCCACAAGACCUCCAAGGCACUAGUGUCCAAGGCCAGAGACUCCAUUGAGCCGGCAGCUAUGACGCAAGUUGUCACAAAGGCUAAAGAAAUGGACUUGGCGAGGACGUACACUCAGGACGGUGUGUGUCUGACGGAGUCGGGCCGGUGUCAGCUCCAGAGCCUGUCGGCCCCUGCGUCGCGGCGUAGGAAACCCAAGCCCAAGCUGAAGCUGAAGAUCAUCAACCAGAAUAGUGUGGCAGUGCUGCAGGCCCCCCUGGACCUGCUGUCAGAACACUCCCGGGACGAGGACAUGGAGGACCACAGAGAGACGGACCUCUCUCUGGACUGCGAGGGAAAGUCUGACUCGAGCCCGGAGCGAGAGACAGCAGAAGACAAGUCCAAGGGGGCCGACGACAGCAAGAAGAGGAAGAGGAAGCCGUACCGGCCGGGCAUCGGUGGCUUCAUGGUGCGCCAGCGGAGCCGUCCAGGUCAGGGCCCAGGCAAGGCCAAACGAUCCCUGAGCAGGAAGGAUUCCUCUGGCUCUGUUUCUGAACCCCCCACAGGGAAGGAAGAGGGCUGGGGAGAGGUGCUGCCUGACACCCCUUUGGAACAGACUCCCCCUGGGCUGGAGGCCCCAGAGAAGAUCAAGAAACGCUAUAGGAAGAAGAAAACCAAGCUAGAGGAGGCCUUUCCCACCUACUUGCAGGAGGCGUUCUUCGGUAAGGACCUGCUGGAUAAGAGCAAGCAGAGCAGGCAACAGGCGGUGGAGUCUGGCCUAAUGGAGGAGGGCCAAGCAAGGGCCGGAGCCGGGCCCCAGAGGGAAAGGAAGCAACCCACCACCAGCUUCCUGGACCCCUCCUCGUACCCCCUCCUCAGUGUGACCUCGGGCACGUCCAGACCCACCAGACCACCAGGACCUCAGCCCUCUGAAGAACCUCUAGUGGAUCUGUCGGAGGUUCUCAAUACGGAUGCAGAUCUCCUGGGAAUGCUGGGGAAACAGACAGGUGACUCUGGUCUUGAUUUUUUCCAUUUCCAGGUUGACACCUCACCUCCUCCUUUUGCUGGUCUGGACAUUGGACCCCUGACAGACAGCUCCCCAGCGCAGUCUCAGUCCGGCCGGAGGCCACUCCGUACGCUCCCAGAUGAACAUCUGGACGGGAUCCUCAGUCCAGAGCUGGAGAUGGCUGACGGUCUGGAGAUGGCUGACGAAUCGAUUCUCAGCAAACUCUACAAAAUACCAGAGCUGGAGGGGAAGGACGUGGAGGACCUGUUCACUGCCGUCCUGAGCCCCAGCCAUCCACCACAGCUGCCUCACCCCCACGGUCCACCUGGAGCCAGCCUGACACACCCACAUGCAGGGAAUGCCAUGUUUCCACGGAUGAUAAACGGGCUGAUGGGACCUAACCAACGAUUCCCUCUGAAUCCGUCCCAUCCCGGAGCAGAAUCAUGUAUCCCAGAUAACUUCUCCCCCCUCCACCGCAUGCCUUUCACUGACAAUCCAAGGGACAGGAAGUUUAAUCAGAUGGCCAGAGAGGCAGUGGGUUCGUGGCAGGGGGCUCCUGGCCCUGUCCACGGUGGCCCAGGCCCCACCCCUCUUCCUGGUGCUGAGGGGGGCGAGGCGGAGGCCAUGUCCAAUGCCCAGAGGAGCACACUGAAGUGGGAGAAGGAGGAGACUCUGGGGGAACUAGCCACUGUGGCCCCUGUCCUCUACACCAAUGUCAACUUCCCCAGCCUCAAGGAUGAGUUCCCAGACUGGUCUACAAGAGUCAAACAGAUUGCAAAGCUGUGGAGAAAAGCAAGUUCGCAAGACAGGGCCCCGUAUGUGCAAAAAGCGAGGGACAACAGGGCUGCUCUGCGCAUCAACAAGGUUCAGAUGUCCAACGAGAGUCUGAAGAGGCAGCAGACGCAGCAGCUGCCGCUGUCCCAGCUGCCCCCGGCCUCACUGCAGCCUCCCGACGAGGUGUUUGACCCCAACAUACCGCUAGACACAGACUUGCUCUUUAAGGACCCUUUGAAACCCAAAGAGUCAGAGCAUGAGCAAGAGUGGAAGUUUAGACAGCAAAUGAGACAGAAAAGCAGGCAGCAAGCCAAGAUCGAAGCCACCCAGAAGCUGGAGCAGGUGAAGAAUGAGCAGCUGCAGCAGCAGCAACAGCAGUCAGGCAGCCAGUCGGAGGGAGACGGUAACAACAGCGGCAACCAGAGUCCUUCCUCCCAGCACGGCAGCAACGGCAGCAUGUCCCCCAUGCAGCACAGCACCGGGGGGAAAGAGGGCUUCAUCCAACGUCAUCUCCCAGGGACGCCCACCUCGGGGCCCCCUGAAGAUGUGUUCCUGCGGCCCCCUCCUCCCCCUCCUUCAGGGGGGUCCUCUCAGCCCCAGUCCCCCCAGGUGUUCUCCCCUGGCUCAUCCAGCUCCAGACCCUCCUCUCCCUGGGACCCCUAUGCCAAGAUGGUAGGGACCCCAAGACCUCCAACUCUGGGGCCCAGCGCGUGUCGCAGGAUGUCCAUGGAUUCUGGCAAGUCUCCCACCUCUUUGAUGGAGCAACAGGACAGAGGGAGGCUCACGUCUCCGGCUCAUGAGGCUUUCGGCUCCCCCACGUCUAUGAGUAGGGAGAUGGAUCCCUAUGCCAAGCCCCCUGACACCCCCAGGCCUGUUUCUGGGGACAUUGACCCCUUCCUAAAGCCUAUGUGCCCACCCAGAGUCAACCAGGGUCCCCACGGAAGGCCCCUGAUAGGCUCUCCAGUGCGUGGAGACCCUUACUCUAGACCCAUGAUCCGCCAAGAGGCCUACCAACGGAUGGCUCAAAACAGGAUGAUCCUGUCAGACCCUUACUCCAGACCUCUGUUAGCUCCCAUCCCGGGGAGCAACGAGCAGGGCUCAGUCCCUCAGUCUUUGUUCAAGACCCCCAUGCCUCCACCCCAGGCCCAGGACCCCUUCAACAGACCAAUGCCUCAUCCCCCAGACCGGUUCUCUCAGCAGGGAGACCCCUACGCUCAGGCCCCUCUGACCCCUCGACCUCAUGAUAGCUUCACCAGUCCACCAAGGAUGGCCCAGCACCAUACCCAGGGCCCCCUUCCCCAGCCCGGCCCAAUGGCACAGUUACCCAACCGAAACCCUUACGCCCAUGCUCCCUCUACUCCAAGGCCCGACCACUUCACAUAUGACCCCUUUGCCCAACCCCCAGGACCCUCAUCAGACCCCUAUGCUCAGAUGCCAGGUACCCCUAGACCUAUGAAUGACCUUAUCAGCCAACUUCCUGGAAACAGACCAUUCUUUGAGUCCGGCUAUGCUCGACCUCCAGGCACUCCUCGUCCAAACGACAACUACAGCCAAUCCUCUGACCCUUAUUCCCAGCAGCCCAACACCCCUCGCCCUGGUAUGAACCAUUUCCACCACCCUCACCCACACCCCCAGCCCCCCGGUCAGAGGAUGUCCCCCGGGCACUCCAUGGAUCCCUACACACAGCAACCUGGUACCCCUCGGCCCCCCAGGUUCUCAAAGUCCCCAGGCAGCCAGAGACUAGCCCCCAUGGAUCCCUACGCUAGUCAACCUGGAAUACCCAGGCCUUUGAGUGGUGACAUGUUCUCCCAGACCCCCAGGCCUAUGCUGAAUGACCCGUACGCCCAGGCUCCAAGCACCCCGCAGCCAGGGAUGGGGUCUGACAGGCUGAGCAGACUGCAGGGGCAGAGGCCUGGUCCCAUGGGGAACCAGGAUCCCUUCUCCCCUCCUCAAAGCGUUAGGCUCCAAGAUGCCCCCUUUCCACACCUUGGGUCACAGACACCAAAGCAUCACGGUGGGAUAGCCGAUGAGGGAUUUUCUCCAUCGCCGUCAAGACGGCCCAACCAGACGCCUAUCCAUGAUCCUUACGAGCAGGCGCCCAUGACCCCACGUCCACAGCCAGCAGACAGACCAGAUAUGAAGGAGCAGCAAGGCCAGGACCCUGGAGGACAGCUGCAAAACCCCUCCCAGAUGCCUGGAACCCCCUCUGAGGUUCAGAGUGUUUCUCUGGCCGACAGUGAGGAGAGACUCAAACAGCGUCAACGCAUCCGAGAGCUUAUCCUGAAGCAGCAGCAGCAGAGGAGUGCCAUCCGCCAGGAGAACGCUGGUAUCAUUGCCCCUGGUCCUGGGACACCUCGACCCUGGCCGCACGAGGGACACGGACAACAGGGCGAGAUGUUCAGCCGGCCCCCUCCACCUUACCCUGGGCCGGGCCCCAUGAGCGGACCAAUGAGAUUCCCUGGAUCUGGACCCUUCCCAGGGGACCAGCGAGGCCCUUUCCCUAAUGAGGGUCAGUUCCCCAUAGGACAAUACUCGGGUGAUCCUAAUAUCAGACAUCAGGGGCCAAGGUUUGCAUUUCCACCUGGUGGACCGGGACCUCAUGGUAGCCAGGAAUUCUUCCCCAGAGGCCCUCACCCCAUGCAGGACAUCCACCCGGGGAUGAGACGCUCCAUGUCUGUAGAUAUGGCCAAGUCCAUGGGGGGCAACCGUAUGGGGCUCCCCCAGCAUUUCCCUCCUAGUGGUGUGCCAAUGCAACAGCACAACAUUAUGGGCCAGCCUUUCAUCGAGCUGAGACACAGAGCCCCUGACAGCAGGCUUCGUCUCCCUUUCGGGUCCUCUGGCAUGCAAGGGAACAACAUGGAUCCCGACCUCCAGCCCCAGAGGCCUCCUGGUUUCAUGGGAGGGCUUGAAUUCCGGUUGCCUCCAAACCAAGGCCCCAGGAUGAUGAUGGAGUCAAUGAGGGACCAGCAGAUGAGCCAAGGCCAGCUGUCCUCCAACAUUGAGAACCUCCACCAGCAUCAGCAGGCCCAGAUGCAAGGGGGAGCCAUGCCAAGGCAAGCCCAGCUAAUGAGGUCCAUGAGCCAGCCUUCUUCGAACGAGACCCAGGGUAUGUCAGCUUCCAUGAUGGUACCUGGGCCUUCUGCUGGGAAGAGUGAUGGUCAGGGAGGAGUCUCCAUGGCUAACAACAAUGACGGAGUGGACGACAAACUGGACACAGACGAAUCAGCCGUCAAAGACCUGGAAGAUGUUGAGGUGAAAGACCUAGUCGAUGCCGAUCUGGACAACCUAAAUCUGGAUCCGGAAGAAGACGGCAAAGACCUAGACCUAGAGACCAAUGACCUGCACCUGGACGACUUCCUGACAUCGGGGAAGUUCGACAUCAUUGCGUACACGGACCCCGACCUGGACGACGUCAAGAAGGACUUGUUCAAUGAGGAACUGGACCUUAAUGACCCCAUGGAAGACCACAGCGACACCUGUGACUUCCAGAAGGCCUUGUCUGAGAAGAGGAGUUCUAGCUGUGGCGGUGCUGCAUCUUCCUUCUCCAAUUUGACGUCUGGAAUGGGGAAGUCAGAGGGAAUGGCCGAGAAGACAGCUGAUGUGAAACAGGAAGUGAACUGCCGUCAGAGCCCCGCCUCCUCCCUGCCUUUCGAGUAUAAGAUCAAAAUGGAGGACAAAGACAACCUGUCUCAGACGUCCAAUGAGAGGACAGAGCAACAAGCAGACGGAAACACUAACAAGCAAUCAGGAGUGCUCUCUGCCUCCACGCCAGUACUCUCUAGCUUACUAAUCAAGCAGCAACCAGAGGACUCCACCUGUGACAAUCAAGGCAGUGGUAACUCUAUGACACAGCCAAACCAAGACACUCAGAACAGCUCUGGACUUAGUAUGGGAUCUCAAACCAUGGAUCCAACUAACAGGGGAGAAGAAGAAGGAGAAGCAUCCAUGUCUACCUUUGAGAUGGACCAGAGUGGGUUGACCCCGGCUCAGCAGGCCCUGUUGGCCCAGACAUUGGGCCAGGCGGGGCCAGGGGGGCACAGACCCCUGCUGCUGGAGGAGCAGCCCCUCCUCCUACAGGACCUGCUGGACCAGGAGAGGCAGGAGCAGCAGCAGCAGAGGCAGAUGCAGGCCAUGAUCAGACAACGCUCCUCUAGUGACUCUUUUUUUCCCAACAUUGAUUUUGACGCCAUCACUGACCCUAUAAUGAAAGCAAAGAUGGUCGCUCUGAAAGGCAUCAACAAAGUCAUGGUUCAAAACAACAUGGGGAUGACACCAAUUGUCAUAAACAGGUUCCAACCUGGUCCUGCGGCACCAUGUCCUGAAAGCACCCCUGUUCCUCCACAGGCCGUUGGACAGGAUGGCAAGCUGACACCCUCAGUGACAAGGCCCAAUCCUCCCAAUUUUGGACCAGGUUUUGUCAACAAUGCUCAGAGGACUCAGUACGAGGAGUGGCUCCAGGAGACCCAGCAGCUGCUCCAGAUGCAGCAGAAGUUUCUGGAGGAGAAGAUCGGCGCCCACAGAAAGUCCAAGAAGGCCCUGUGUGCCAAGCAGAGGACGGCCAAGAAGGCUGGAAGGGAGUUCCCUGAGGAGGACGCAGAGCAGCUCAAACACUUGACGGAGCAGCAGGGUGUAGUGCAGAAACAGCUGGAGCAGAUCCGGAAGCAGCAGAAAGAGCAUGCUGACCUGAUUGAGGAGUAUGGUGUGAAGCAGCAGCAGGGUGGCAGUGGCAUGCCUCCCACUGUGAUGCCAGCAGCAGUGCCAGGAAUGCCACCGAUACAAGGCAGCCCUGCCGGCAUUGUACCAAGUGGGCCUCCAAUGAACCACCCAUCUAUGAACCACAUGGUGCAGCAGGUGCCAAUCCAUCCAAGCCAGCCAAACGCCCCCCCAAAACGAAUGCCCAACGCACCAGCAGGCUGGCAUCCUGGAGCUGCCAUGCCCAUGGGCGGACCCAAUAUGCCCCCUCAGGUUCCCAUGGGAAACCCAGCUCAGCAGCCUCAACUGCCCAUGGGCAACCUGCCUCAGCAGCCCCCACAGAUUCCCCAGCAGAUUCCUCCCCAAAUGCCCCAGCAGAUUCCUCCCCAAAUGCCCCAGCAGAUUCCUCCCCAAGUGCCCCAGCAGAUGCCUCCCCAAGUGCCCCAGCAGAUGCCUCCCCAAGUGCCCCAGCAGAUGCCUCCCCAAGUGCCCCAGCAGAUGCCUCCCCAAGUGCCCCAGCAGAUGCCUCCCCAAGUGCCCCAGCAGAUGCCUCCCCAAGUGCCCCAGCAGAUGCCUCCCCAAGUGCCCCAGCAGAUGCCUCCCCAAGUGCCCCAGCAGAUGCCUCCCCAAAUGCCCCAGCAGAUGCCUCCCCAAAUGCCCCAGCAGAUGCCUCCCCAAAUGCCCCAGCAGAUGCCCAUGGAAAACCAGCCUCAGCCUCAACCCGGCGGGGUCAAACCCCCACAGGGCUCCGGUUUGAAGUUUGACGACAACAACCCGUUUAGUGAGGGCUUCCAGGAGAGAGAGCGUCGGGAGAGGCUGAGAGAACAGCAGGAGAGGCAGAGGGUCCAACUAAUGCAGGAAGUAGAACGUCAGCGCGCCCUAAAACAACGCAUGGAGAUGGAACAGCAAGGCAUGCUGGGGCCUGAUGGGGGGAACAUGGUGCCCCUCUCUCAGAUGCCGUUCUUCAAUGCUGAGCUGCCCCAGGACUUCAUGCAGCAGUUAGGACCGAUGUUCCCCCUGCAGCAGCCCAUGCAGCCAGGGAUGGGCUCUCCUCCCGGGACCUUCAUACAAGGCGGAGACCGGAGGGCCAUAAUGGGUAACGGGAUGAUUCCUCAGGACAUGGGACCUAGUUUUGGGCCUGAUAACAUGGUACUACAGGGUAACUUCGCCCAGGGUCCACACAGACCCCGGAGGUUCAGUGGCCCAGGCGUGAUGCCACAGAUGCCCGGGGAAGGCCCUCCAUUUGGGAGCGGCAACUCCACCACGCCCCUGCCUUCCAACUUCCCCGGCUCGGGUCAGUCUCUAAUCCAGCUCUACUCCAACAUCAUCCCGGAUGAGAAUGGCAAGAAGAAAAGAAAUAGGAAGAAGAAGAAAGACAAUGACGAUGCAGAUUCUGUGAAAACGCCGUCCACGCCUCGCUCUGACCUGACUGCCCCUCUGACACCCUGCCGGUCAGACACAUCCUCCACACCCACCAGGAACAACGCCCACCUUUUCGGGGACCAAGACCUUUCCAGGUCCCCCUUACUUGGCUCCUCCACCUCUACCCCCAGCCAUAGCCACUCAGAGCUGGAGAGGCAGCUCUCUGGAGGGCUGGGUGGAGGGCUGGGUGGUGUAGGGCAGCCUGUAGGGAUGGGUAGCCUCCCAUCAGACAUCUCCCUAGCCAGGGCCCAAGCUCUGGAGCAGGAGCGCAUCCUCAGCAACAUUAAGCUGGAGCAGACUGAGAGCACCGAGUGCCACGGACCCAGAGAUGGCACCUCCUCGCACAUGGGCUCAGGGAUGGGCACGGUGAAGGAGGAGGGUGGAGCUGCAGUACAGAGCCCCUCCCACGGCGGGGGAGCAAAAGGGGAAUCUGGGAGUAACAACGAGCUCCUCAAACAUCUGUUGAAGAACAGGCAGACACCUCUUAAUGGACCAGGGCUUCCCCACCAACGGUCAGACAAGAGCCUGAGGUCUGAGGAAGAGGAGGCGGAUGCAGACUGCAAGGCCCUGCUGCUAAGGCAGAGCUCCAUGGACAGCAACGGGGCGUAUUCAGACGGACAGCUCUCUGGCCUUCCAGAGUUCCCAGGACCACUGCUCACAGGACAGGAGAAGAGGAAAGGCAGGAACAAGAGGAACCCCAAAGGAGGAGAGAGGCCCGCCUCUCGUUACAAGAAGAGGAAGAAAGAAGGGGAGGAGAAGCAACUGGUGCACUCCAGCACUGAUACACUAAUGACCCAGCUCAAACAGCAGUUGUCCCUUCUGCCCCUCAUGGAGCCCCUGAUAGGGAUGAACUUUUCUCACUUUGCCCCCUAUGGCAGCGGCCAGCUGAACGGUGAGAACCUCCUGUCUGGGACAUUUGGCAGUGGCUCUCUGGACGGAGUCUCUGACUACUACUCCCAGCUCACCUACAAGCAGAACAAUCUGAGCAACCCCCCCACCCCGCCAGCUUCACUCCCUCCGACUCCUCCACCUGUAAACCGACAGAAGAUGAUCAACGGCUUUGCCACUACAGAGGAGCUAGCCAGCAAAGCUGCUGCCAUGGUGUCCAAAAAUCUGGCCUCCAAGCCGCUCCACGUCCCAUUCAGGACCGAGGAGGACCUGCUGGCCCGAGCCAUUGCUCAGGGACCUAAAACUGUGGACGUGCCAGCCUCCCUUCCCACGCCCCCUCACAACAACCAGGAGGAACUCGGUAACAGGCUUGGACAGGAGCAUUGUAAGGACCGGGACACACCAGAUAGUUUUGUCCCCUCCUCGUCUCCAGAAAGUGUGGUUGGCGUGGAGAUAAGCCGUUACCCAGACCUGUCAUUGGUGAAGGAGGAGCCCCUCUCCCCCGUCCUCCCCAUGCUCCCCACACCCUGGGGGAAAGGAUCAGAGGUUAGGCUGAAGACUGAGCUCAAGACUGAGCCCUAUGGGAUGUUCUUUGGCUCCCAUUUUGGCCCGCCGUCUAACGACACUAAACCAGGCCUGGUGUCUGUAGCCAUCACCCUGAGACCAGCGGCUGCUGAGAACAUCACAGGUGUGGUAGCUUCCAUCUCAGAACUGCUGUGUGUGAAGAUCCCCAGCAGCUAUGAGGUGAGCAGCACCCCGGGCCCAGACAGGGGGCCCCUGGCCAUGCUCAGCGGCCUGAGGGUGGGCCCCCAAGGAGGCCUGGUGCACCGGCCGGGGGCCCCCAUGAUGUAUCCGGGCCGUGCUGGCGCUGGAGACAUGGGGGGCCCUCACGGAGCCCCAGGCCAGCUCAUCAGGCCUGGGGGAGGAGGACCACAACAGAGGAUGAUGAUGCAACAGCAGCAGGGACAUCCACAGCAGCACAUCCGCUUCCAUCCUGAUGGACCAGGUCCAGCUGCAGUCAGAGGCCCUCAUCAGAAGACCCCCGGCAACCCAGGCUCCAAGCCGCAGUGGUGCUGCCACUGUAAGGUGGUGGUGCUGGGAAAUGGAGUCCGCAAGUCCAUCAAAGACCUUCCAGUACACAAACAGGAACAAGAAGGAUUGUUGCGUUCCGAGGGGAACUUGGUCUUCUGCAGCCACAGCUGCUUCCUCCUCUACUCUGCUUCCUCCUCCUCCUCCUCUUCCUCCUCGUCGCAGGCCAGAACCACUACAGACUCCAAGGACACGGUAGCCCUCCUGUCUCCAGACUCGGACCAGAAAGUGAGCCUGUCUAAAGCCCUCCACCAGUACAGCAACAACAUGUCCUCUCUGGAUGUCCACUGUCUUGCCCAGCUCCAGCUCAAGCAGUCCCCUCCCUCCACUUCACCCAUCCCCUUCCCCCCAGCCAGUGACACCCCAAAGACCCCUAAGACAGAGGCCAAGUCAGACACCAUCAAAGUGACGGUGAAGCUGAAGGCGCGGGGCCCCAGGGCUCAACAGGAGGGCUGGCACCAGGGGAAGAGACACAAGGGUCUUCAUUGGAGGAAGUGGACAGUGCAGGUGGUGGUGCCCAGAGGAAGCUCCCAGCUCCCUGAUGAGGACCAGAUAGAUGAGCUGCUGAGGAAGCUGGGAGCGUCUCUCCGCCCCGGGGCCAGUCUCAGGGACCAGCGCCGCUGCUGCUUCUGUCACCAGCUGGGGGAUGGGGUCACCGAUGGCCCUGCCCGACUCCUCAGCCUGGACCUGGACGUGUGGGUGCACCUCAACUGUGCCCUCUGGUCCACCGAGGUGUAUGAGACGCAGUCAGGCGCUCUGAUCAAUGUAGAGCUGGCGCUGAGGCGGGGUUCGGCGGUCCGCUGUGCCUUCUGCCAGCAGAUGGGUGCCACCAGCGGCUGCCACCGCCUGCGCUGCACCAACAUCUACCACUUCACCUGCGCCCUGCAGGCACACUGCAUCUUCUUCAAGGACAAGACCAUGCUGUGCCACGCCCACCGACCCAGAGGCUCCACCCACGGUGGCUCUGGCCACGUCCUGGAGCAUGAGCUGCGCUGCUUCGCUGUGUUCCGCCGUGUCUACAUCCAGAGGGACGAGGUGAGGCAGAUGGCCAACGCCGUACAGCAGCCCGAGCUGGGCUACACCUUCAGAGUGGGCAGCCUGGUGCUCUAUGCCGUGGGUCAGAUCACCCCGUCCCAGAUGGCCGCCUUCCACUCGGCCACAGCCAUCUUCCCCGUGGGCUACGAGGCAUGCCGCAUCUACUGGAGCAUGCGCCAUGGCAACCGUCGCUGCCGCUACCUAUGCUCCGUAGAGGAGAGGGAGGAGCAGCCGGAGUUCUGCAUCCGCGUCAUUGAGCAGGGAUACAAGGACCUGGUCCUCACUGACUCCACUGCCAAAGGAGUGUGGGAUAAGGUCCUGGUUCCGGUGGCUGACAGGAGAACAGAAAUAGGAACUUUGAAACUCUUCCCUGUCUAUCUGAAAGGAGAGGACCUGUUUGGGCUCACCGUGUCUGCAGUUACCAAGAUCACUGAAUCGCUCCCAGGGAUAGAGGCCUGUGACAGGUAUACCUUCCGUUACGGCCGUAACCCUCUGAUGGAGCUGCCCCUGAUCUUUAACCCCUCCGGCAGUGCCCGGGCCAUGCCCAAAACCAGCUCCCCAUCCACCGCCGUUGUCAUUAGGCCCCAGCCGGUAUCCAGCACCACCAAUACCUCCUCCAGGUGUCAGAACACAGCCCAGGGGGAGGGAGGUGUACCCCACACCAAGCCUCCCAUGGUGCACCACAGGUCAUCGCAGUACCGCUGGAUGAAAAGUGAGUGGAGGGCCAACGUCUACCUCGCUGCCUCCAAGAUCCAGGGCCUGGGUCUAUAUGCAUCCAGGGACAUAGAGAAACACACCAUGGUGAUCGAGUACAACGGAACCGUCCUCCGCAACGAGGUGGCCAUCAGGAAGCAAAGGACUUACAAGUCUCAGAAUCGUGGCGUGUUCAUGUUCCGCAUCGACAGUGAACAUGUCGUUGAUUCCAGUCAGACAGGGGGUCUAGCAAGGUACAUCAACCACUCUUGUACCCCAAACUGUGUCGCUGAGGUGGUAACCUUCGAAAGAGGUUAUAAAAUCAUCAUCACCUCCAACCGCAGAAUCGAGAAAGGAGAGGAGCUUUGUUUUGACUACCAGUAUGACUGUGUGGACGGCCAACACAAGAUCGCCUGUCACUGUGGAACAGCAGACUGCAGGAAAUGGAUCAACUGAGAAAAACCUCAAAUGACAACAACAAACAUAAAUGCAUUCCUUGCCAUAUUAUGCAGAUGCCCUGAUCUCUGUCUAGAAAGGGAGAGGUGUGUCAGACUUUGCUAGACCGAGCAGAAGGCCUGAGUAAACCCUAAGAGUGACGCGUGAAUGGAUUCCCAUGUUUGGAAGCAUAGACUGAAUAUGGACAGAAGGAAAGGGUGUGGAAAGAGGAGAGCAGGAAGAAACAACAGCACAUAGACAUGUGAUUCGUGCCAUAUUACGCGAGAGGAUGGGUUUUGAUGGAAGGACUGUCAAUGAGUGCAGCGUCUGUGUAUUAGUGAGAGGAUAUACAGUAGGGCACAGAUGAGAAUCCACCAGCGAAUGAGGCGAGCGCACUGUGCAGGGCGUGGACCCUAUUGGUUGUUAAGGGCAGGCCCUUUUGUUUAAAACUUUAAAUGUAAAACCAUUUGACUAAAUGUAGACAUCACUGAAUGGGGAAUGUACAGCAAUGACUACCGCGAAGGGAAUAUUAACUUGCACUAAAAAAAAAGACACACGUACACACAAACUUUAAGAUACUUGAUUCCAUGAGUCAGUUUUAUCAUUUCUGUCAUGUGAUUUGAGUGAAAUUCGAGAGGACGUUUUGUAUUUAUUAUUGAAUGAAUGAAUUUUUUUCUCAAAAUGAUGAGACAGUAAAAAAGAAGGUUAAACUGAUAUUGUUUUCUGAAGAUUGAAGAAAUUCUGUUACUUGUGUACAAAUGUAUAUAAACAAAAUAUAGGAAUAACUGACCAAAUACUACCUUAACCUUCUUGAUGUUUGGGUGUUUUUAAUUAUUAUUUUAUUUUUUGUCAUUGCAGUUUAUUUAAGAAGGAUGUCAUAAUAUCAGUUUCAGAGUAUAUAUUAUGAUUAUUCUGUACAGAAUUUGUAAAAUAACCACAAUAAUUCACAAAGUAUUUUUGUUGUAUUAAAAGUAUGGUAUUGUAGCUUAGUGUUUUUGUGAUUUACACGUACUUUGACCACUCAAAAAGAAAUAUUUUUGGUGACUGAGUGUGGAAAGGAGUUAUUGGUUAAAGAAUAAAAAAUGGUAAAGACAUCAUUCUGACAUCUUUGCUGUUAAUCAGGUUUGAUUUUAUAGAGCUGUGAAUAGGUUUUAAACCACCCAAACACAAUUUUAACUUCUUUUUAACCCAAAUAUGUGUAGGAAUAUAACCUUGUUUUUUUUUACAUAGAAAUUGUGUACAGACGUCGUAUGAUAUUGCUUACUGCUUCAGGCGUUUGAAAUUAAAGUGUACUGAAAAAAUUAAAUAAUGUUUCUUGCAGAGGAAAAGGUCGGGACAUUUGGUGGUGCUACAUUUUGAAAAGAGAUGACAUUCUACUUAAUCAGAAAUGUAUGUGAUAUUGACACAUCACAAGCCACAUACAGUAGUUAGAUGUUUUGCGAGCACAAUUUCAACUCGACUGUAAAAUAUUGGAGCCAGUCUUAGAACUUGUAAUGUAUAUGGCAUGUAUUUUUUUAACUUUCCGAAGACUCAAUUGUAUAUAUUUUCUCAAUGAAUGGUUGUAACAAAAUUGUUUCUUGGAUAUUUUUCUUCUCUUGUAUAAAAUGACAUCGUCCUACCAGUGUGUUUGUGCUAAAUUUUUCUUGGUCCUGUAGUCUCAAAAUGUUUUUAAAAAUGCAUUUAGAACUGUACAGAGAAAUAUGAGGGUUGGCGUUUGGAAUUGAAUUUAGAAGCAUUUACAAAAUAAACUAUUUUACAUCUUAA